UGUCAUCUUACUUUUGAGGCGGAAAUGAAGGAACGCUAAAAUGCCCUGAAUUAUUUUUCCUUUGCUAUGGCGGCCGAUGUCCUGCAACGUAUCCAUCCCGAAAUUGCAAAAUUUGCCGAAGCCGUGCUUCAUAAUGAAGGUAUUGGAGUUUGCGGUGAACUGCUGAAGAUUGUGGAGCCCAAGUCAAGUUUGUCUUUCAUUAACCCUCGUAUUAAAACAAGAUCCUGCGAUCGAUUCAAGGUUUUGGUUCCAUAUGCUGGUAGAACUCUAAAAUGGGAGGUAAUAUUUAACCAGAUGCAACCAGAUUUUCCACCAGAUUUUAUAUUUGGACCACAAGAUCAGGAAUUUGUACCAAAUAUUGAUAAAAUGGAGUCUCUUGAGAACUGGGACUGUAAUAAUCCUGAAAGCUUAGUAAAUCUGAUAAAAGAACUGGUCAGGGAAUACAAAGAACAUCAAAGAGAACAAGUGGAGAAAAUCCCCAGAAUCCACUUUGAAUACACCACACUUGCAGCUGACACCAAUUAUCCUGAAUUCGAAGUACAUGUUUUAAAAGGGCAACAGAAGACAGACUCUGUUGUCAAUUUUAUGAUAAAGCUGCCAGUUGAUCUCACUGGAAUCCCGCAAUUUAUUAUAAGGGGCUGUCCAGGUGAAGACAUGGCAUGCUUGUUUGUUUCUUAUGCAUCUCUUAAUGGAGAGAAUGUUACACCAACACUUUUGUUAUCACCCCGUGUAGAAAGAGCAUUUGGUGGGACCAGCAAUCUUCGUAUUCCUCAUUGGUUGGGGGUGAAUGGCUGCCUUCUGGAAUACCUACCUCUUAUCCAGGAACUCUUUGCACAAAAGGUGGAGCAAGUUUGUCAGGCAUUCCACAGAAGAAGGGAAUAUGUUGCCGCUUUCCUUAGUGCAUUUGGAAGUUCAGUGCUUGAGUAUGAUGCUGAGGGAUUCAUGAAGCUCUCCUUGCUGUUCAAAGUACAGGGAUUCUUUUGUAUUGUUCACAUUGAAUUAGACAAGAACUUUCCCCAAGAAGCGCCAUUAUUUUACCUCCAGUCGAUUUACCACGAAAAAAAUAACCAGCCGUACGAAAAACUAGAAGCGGGUUAUCCCUACAGUCCGCGGUGGUCUGGGGACGAGAUGGCGGAAAGAGCUAGAGCUUUCCUGUUGGAAAAGAUACCAGCUUUUAAGGACGCUUCAUUAAGUAACGCCAAAUUUUAACCUUGACACAAUACGAAAGUCAAGGCAUUUUUGUGGAGCGAUCGUUCUAAGAUUCUGGCCACUAUGGCGAGAUGUUGCUGGGUCAGGAUUUAUGAAGAAACUCUCCUCAGUCACUGAACGAACUCAUGAAGUGGCUCAUACAAAGCUUUAGAUAGUAAUCGUAGAUCAGAUCACUCUCGACGGGCUUGAUGGUUGUUGGAGCGGAAUAAAAAGAAGUGUGCAAGCAUGCCCUCAUUAUAAGCGCUCCAGAAAGUGCGUUUCUCCGCCCGCCGGGAAGAUUUGAGACGAGUUGGAAAGGGUUUUCCGGGGGUCUGGCACAAAUAAUUAGUGCCAGACCCCUUACAGACCUCUCACCGGCGCGCGUUGCUCAUGGGCUUUAAGUGCUUAUAUUUCCGAGCGGCCGAAGAAAUGCACGUGCCGAAACGCUUGUAACGAGGGCCAGGUCACGAGAUGAUUUAUAUAGGGGACUUCAAAUAAGAUUCUCUUUUGACAUUUUCUCCCUAAACAGAGACGCAUGUAGUAAGUCUCGCUUUGUUUAAAUUUUUAUAUCGCUUUGUUUGGUUCUUUUUUGUUUGUUUGUUGUGUUUGUUUGUCUGUGCGUUUGUUUUGUUUGUAAAGAGAUGAACUAAAUUGAAAUACAUGCAAACGCUUAAUUGGCCAU